AUGGCAAGUUCAACUGCUACCUCUACUUCUGCCGUCAUAUCGACAUUGGUAGCCAAUCUCAUUUUAUUUGGCGUCUUUAUUGCUUGUUUUUUAAUUCUCAGACUUCGUUUUAAAAGAAUUUAUUCACCAAAAUCAUCUUUUGAUUUAGUUCCUGAGGAAAAAAAACCAGAACCAUUACCUAAAGAUCCUUUCAGAUGGAUCUUUAUCCUUUUAACUAAACCUCAUUCUUUUAUCAUUCAACAAGCAGGUCUCGAUGGAUACUUCUUUUUAAGAUAUCUUUUAGUUCUCGCUUGUGUUUUCCUUGGCGGUAUCGCAACCUAUGCUGUUUUACUUCCUAUUAACGCUGUAAGGGGUAACAACAAUACUGGUUUUGAUCAACUUUCUAUUUCAAAUGUUUCCGAUAGUGGUAGAUAUUACGCUCAUGUUUUCAUUGGAUGGGUAUUUUAUGGUACUGUUGUUUUCGUUAUUUAUAGAGAAUUGUUUUUCUUUAAUUCUUUAAGAUCAGCAGUUUUAUCAUCACCAAAAUAUGCUAAAUCUUUAGAAUCCAGAACUGUUCUCUUCCAAUGUGUACCAGAUAUUCUUUUAGAUGAAAAGCAAUUUUUUAAAUUAUUCAAUGGUGUUAAGAGAAUUUAUGUUACUAGAACUUGGAGAAAACUUUCUAACAAAGUACGUCAAAGACAAGCACUUGCUACAAAGUUAGAAACUGCUCAAAAUAAGUUAUUGAAAAAUGCUGUUAAAGCUAAAUUAAAGGCGGAUAAAAAUAACACUGUUAUUGAACCAGCAAAUGAUAUCAAUAGCUAUGUUCCUGAAUCAAAGAGACCAAGACAUCGUCCAGAUGGGAUGUUUUCAAAGAAAGUUGACACAAUUGAAUAUUGUUUAGCAAAGAUUAAAGAACUUGAUGUUGAAGUAACGGCAAUGCAAAAGAAAUAUAGAUCCGCCAAACCAAAGAAUUCUGUUUUUGUUGAGUUCGAGGACCAAUACCAUGCCCAGGUUGCAUACCAAUCGGUUAUUCAUCAUAAUCCUUUGAGAAUGAGCCCUGCUUACACUGGUUUAGCUCCAGCUGAUAUUAAAUGGUCUAACUUGAGAAUUUUCUGGUGGGAAAAGAUGUCCAGACGUUUUAUUGCUGCCUCAAUUAUUUGUGUUGUAAUUAUCUUAUGGGCUAUCCCUGUCGCAUUUGUUGGUGUUAUUUCCAACCUUACUUACUUAACCAACCUUAAGGCGUUCCAUUGGUUGAGAUUUAUCUAUAACAUGCCAAAAGCCCUUUUAGGUCUUAUUACUGGUUUGUUACCAACCAUUCUCUUGUCACUUUUGAUGCUUAUCUUACCAAUGUUUAUCAGAGGUAUGGCACAAGUUGCUGGUGCUCCUUCUGUACAACAAGUGGAAUUAUUCACACAAAAUGCCUAUUUUGGAUUCUUAAUUGUUAAUGUAUUUUUGGUUACUACAAUUUCUUCUUCAGCAACAUCUACUGUUACUCAAAUUAUCGAAGAGCCACAAAAAGCUUUGAAUAUUUUAGCCCAAGGUUUACCCCGUGCUUCUAACUUUUUUAUUUCUUAUCUUAUUUUACAAGGUUUAUCCAUCGCUGGCGGUUCAUUGUUCCAAGUUGUUGGUUUAUUCUUGUACUACAUUUUAGGAUAUAUUUUAGAUGGAACUGUUAGAAAGAAGUGGGCUAGAUUUUCUGGAUUAGGUACUGUUGCUUGGGGUACAACAUUCCCAAUCUAUACCAAUUUGGCAUGUAUUGCCUUGGCUUAUUCAGUCAUUUCUCCAUUAAUUUUGAUUUUUGCCACUGUUGCAUUUAUAUUGGUUUAUAUUGCAUUUUCCCACAAUAUUACCUAUUGCUUUAUUGAAGCACCAGAUAGUAGAGGUAUGCAUUAUCCAAGAGCACUUUUCCAAACAUUUACCGGUAUUUACUUGGGUCAAAUCUGUAUGUUGGGAAUUUUUGUUGUUGGUAAAGGUUGGGGACCAAUCGUUUUACAAAUUAUUGGUAUGUUUGUCACCGUUUUCUCUCAUAUUCAUAUGAAUGCUGCAUUUGACCAUUUAUUAAAGGUGAUGCCAAUUGAUUGUAUGAAGGCAAUGGAUGGUGUUUCUAAAACAGCUUCUUUUGAAGGAACUUCUGAAUAUCAAGCUAAAGUUUUGGAUAGAAAGAGAAAGUCAAAGAGUGUUAAACAACUUCGCCGUCUUGAAAAUGAACUUCAUGAAGAAAAAAUGGCUCAAAAACAAGUUAAAGAAGAAUUAUUGAAUGAAGAGAAUGAUGAAUCAUAUGAAGAAGAUCAUCAAAUUGUACCAUUAUUGGCCGAUCGUGAUAAUAAAACCACAGAAUCCACAAAUCCACUCGUUAGAUUCAUCAGACCAGAUGUUUAUUUGAAUUAUAGACACGUCAAGACAAUGUUACCAGCACAAUAUAACAUUGAACCAUCUCUUGACGAUGAUAGACACGCUUACGACGAACCUGUUAUUUCGGCCAAAUUACCUACAUUAUGGAUUCCUAAAGAUCCUAUGGGUUUAUCAACUAUUGAAAUUGAAAAGAUGUCAUCUGUGAUCAAGGCAAGUGAUGACAAUGCUUCAUUUGAUGCAAAGGGAAGAAUUAUUUGUUUAGGACCUCCUGAAUAA